CCUGCCUGCUCAUCCCCUCCUGCGGCUCCUAGCGCUCCCGCCUCGCCACCGCCGCCCGUGCGGCUCCCUCGCCUCGUCGGCUGCCGUGGGCAGGGGGCGGCUCCGGGUGCGCAUGGCGAGGACGGAGUCCACCGGCGUCGCCGUCGGCUUCCACGCGCCGCAGUUCGAGCUCCCGGAGCCGCUGACCGGGAAUCUCUGGAUGUUGGAUGAUUUCGAGGGCAACCCGGCGCUGCUGGUCAGGCACAGCAGCUCGCCGCCGGAGUUCUUCUCCAGCCCCGUCGUGGAUAAUGGUAAGUGCGUGCCAUUUGCUAUACUGCUGUUUCUGGGGUGGGGGAUUUCUGGUGGAGCUUUGGUUGUCUGUUCGAUUCGUGUGGUCCCGGUUCUGAUUGGGUUCUCUGGUGCUGUGUGCCCGUGGUCGGGGCGCAGCAAGAUGCUGCUGAAGCUGACGAUCCUGCGGAUCAAGCUGCUGUGGAACCGGCGGGAGCUGCAGCUCCGCCAGAUGCGGAGGGACAUCGCCAAGCUCCUCGAGGCGGGGCGGGAGGCCACUGCCGGCCACCGCUGCGGGAGACGGAUUUGGGUGAUUUUUUCCUUCUUUUUUGAAACUUUUCUGAAAUAGGGAUGGUAUGGAUUGUAUCGAUCUUGUAAAUGAUUUGUGGGAUCUAUAAAUUUUGUAUCGAUCGAUUCAGUAUUUGUGUUUGAUUCUUCAAAUGAUUUGUGGGAUCUGUAAAUUUUGUA